UGCUGCGGCACCGCGCCUGUGCCCCUGCGCCCGCGCGCUAUGGUCUGCGACGACGGCCUACACGCCUCAUCGCCUCCCGCGCGCCGCAAGUCUCUCCGCCGCCUCGCCUCCACCCGCGGAUUCAGACCUCGCCCUCUCAACGAGCACGGGUACCUCCGAGUCUUCGACGGCCUCGAGCCUUUCGCCGUCGACGCACCCAGCAAACUCGUCAAGGUCACGCUCAACACCACCGUGGAGGAUGUAAACAAAACUCUCGGGUUCACGGAUGAACUGACGCUCUGGUUACAAAUUGGUAGUGAGAAUUCAAGAAGAUUGGAACUGGAUGAAUAUCCGUUGCGGAUUCAGGAGCAAUUUUUAGCUACUCAAGGCUGGAGGUCUGAAGCGCGGCGCCUGAGACUGGCGGUCGAUCCAGAGUUGCGACACUCGCUACGCUUCUGCGUAGGUCCGGCGUCGAGAUCCGGAGCUGUAUUGAAAAGUGGUACAUUGUACGUCCUGAAAGGACACGUUUUCCCGCAAUGGAAGCCCCGUCCGGCCCACAUUACUGGAUCGCGAUUGCACAUGUGCGGGUCCACGUGGGAAACUUUGGAGUUGAGUGGAGGAAAUAUAGAGCUGUGCCAGCCGAAAGCUCAGAGACUAGUGCUAUGCGUCAAGCCCCGUUGUCAUGGGAACAGCGUCCCGGGUGACGUUGGAGUUAACCACCUCUUCUUAGGCUUCAGCACCGUUUGGGAGAGGAACAUGUGGUUCUGCUGGUUGAAAGAGGGUACUCAAAGCACGCAGCCACCAAAUGUACUGGACUUGAGUGGCGGCGGGCGCGCUUCUCUCGGGGCGGCGCUGGCGCAGCAUGCGACUGGCGCGUUUACAAUACGCGUGCUCAAACUGCGCACCAACGCUCUGACGUCACUGCCGGCGCAAGUAUGGAACCUGCAAGCGCUUACGCACCUCGACAUCAGUGACAACAGGAUAUCUGAAUUGCCUGAUGAGAUUUCUCAGUUAACACAGUUGGAAGAGCUGCAUGUAAGCAGCAACGAGCUCCGUUCGCUACACUGCGCUCUGCAGCUGCCUCGACUGCGGUCGCUGGUGGCAGACAACAACCUUAUCACCAGUUUUGGGGCUGAUAAUUCUUCAGGAAUGGGUCCUGAACAGGAGAAUAAAUCGGAGCACCAUGCUCCAUUAACUACGGUGGACCUGCGCCAUAAUAGACUGAAAGGGAGCAUUAUUCUCGGGAACUAUGAGCACCUAGUGUCCUUGGAUGUAUCGUAUAACGCGGUAGAGGUGCUGGUGGUGUCAGCUCUUCGUGGUCUGCGUGAGCUGUACGCAGCGCACAAUACACUCCAGCACCUGUCUCUACAUGGAGCUUCACUACGCAUAUUACGGGCACCACACAAUCAACUGGAGACCCUUACAACUACUGUACCACCGAUAAACCUUGUAGAAAUAGACGUGACUGACAAUAAACUGACGUCACUGCCACAAUGGCUGAGCGGCUGCUCAGACCUCACGACACUACACGCCAGCAACAACCAGCUGACGGCGCUACCAGAACAUCUGUUCUGCAGCGAACUUUCCAGCCUCAGCAGUCUUCACCUCGCCCACAACAAAAUAUCGAACAUCCCCUCAAUGCCAAGACUAAGAGCUCCUCUCAAAGAACUUCUCCUUCACGAUAAUUGUAUACAAUCAUUACCAGAAAAUUUCUUCUCGGUUUGUGACAGACUCUGUAUACUUAAUCUUUCGAACAACAGACUAAAUCGUUUACCACCAGCAAGAGGCCCCUCGUCGCACUGCUUAGAACGUUUAUAUCUUACUGCAAAUUGCCUAACAGACGAAGUAUCAGACGUGAUCAUUGCAUUCAGAGGCUUAAAGAUUUUACACAUGGCAUACAAUUGCUUGACUAGUUUACCAGAAACCUGUGUAAACUUUUGGCCUGAUAUUGAGGAAUUGGUUCUAUCCGGAAAUUCAUUCACAAGACUUCCAGAAAACUUGCCGCAAUUAAAUAAUAUACGAGUCGUACGAGCGCAUUCUAAUAAGUUGCGAUCAGUUCCAAUGUUCGCUUGCAGUGCUUCCGUUAAAAUAUUAGAUUUCGCUCAUAAUGAACUCGAUACCAUAGAUUUAAGACUACUUGCACCAAAGCAACUAAAGUUUUUGGACAUAUCUUGUAAUCAGAAAUUGCAAGUCGAUCCUUCUCAAUUUAGUGCUUACAGAUGUCAACGACCACUGAGUUUGGUGGACGUUACGGGUAGAAAUUCCCUACCUUGGCCACAAAAGAGUGGUUAUCAUGAAGAACUAAACGGUGCCACACCGUGGAGCACAGGAUUUUCGGAAUGUCCAAACAAAUCUUUGCAAUUAUGCUGUGCUCAAAUUCGUCUUCCAUCGUUUUGUAACAAAGAAGGUCUUUUCGCUAUAAUAGAUGGCGAAACAGAUAUGGAGGUUCCUAAAAUACUACAGACCAGCUUGCCCGGAUUACUUCUUGAAGAAAAAUCAAUUAAAGAAACUGUUAACGAAUACAUGAAAUAUGUUGUUUUGUCGGCGCACAGAGAAUUGAAAGAAAAAGGACAAAGAAAAGGAGCUUGUCUAAUUAUGUGUCACUUAUCUCCUAUGAACUCACCGGAAAAUGGAUUUGGUCACACUGUCAGAAGAUACAGUAUGAAACUUGCUAAUGUUGGGGACACUAAAGCAGUAUUAAGUAGACGAAAUGGACCGCUCAGUUUGGGUAUAGAAAAUAACAAAAGAUUAGGAUAUUCUACCCGUUACCCUACUACAGUGCCAGACCCAGACGUUAUCCAAACGGUGAUAAAAGAAGACGAUGAAUUUCUCAUACUUGGAAAUGGAAAAUUUUGGAAUGCUGUAAGUAUAGAAGCAGCGGUAUCUGAAGUAAGAGCUGAACGAAAUCCAGUUCUAGCAGCAAAAAGAUUACAAGACUUAGCUCAGAGCUAUGGAAUUGAAGAUUGUAUUUCCGUCAUGAUAAUUCGCUUUGAUAACUCAGGGCGAUCUGACGUUGACUUACUAAUGCGGGAGUUACGACAAACGAUACACAGCAAUAAGCCUGUAUGCAGAACUGAUUGUUGUUGCUCUAGACAAGAAGCGUGCUGCCAUUCUGCUACUCCGCCAAAAGCAAGUAGCGAUCGCUCGUCACCAAGUGGACAGAGCGACAGACCACCAAGUGAAGCAAUUAGUCACCAACACUACGCCAGUGUCCGGUCUUCGCAAACCAGGGCUUCUGAGCGAAGAAGUUGCCGAGGCGGAGUCGCUCGCGCAAUUAGAGUUCGUGUUGAGGAAGAUAAGGAAGACGGUCAUAUAAAUGACGAUCUAUCAAAUCCCGAGGAACAAUUUAAAUGCUGGGAAUACAUGUUAGAACAAAACACCCAAAUGCUGUUUGAUAAAGAGCUAGAUAAUCUAUCUAAAGGAAUCAGAUCUAACGUUAGCAGUUUGAAAAAUGUUAAAGGUUUAUCUGGAAGUAGUCCUCAACUUCAUUUGACAGGUAAACAGUCCAAGGGCGUUCCGUUUUUAUCAAAACAUUUUGGAAGCGCGAGAUCUUUUGGGACAGCUUUAAAGCCUGACCUCAGAUUUGGAUCAGGCAGGCUUCCGAACGGCGGGCCAAAUGCUGCAUAUUUUGGGUCCUUGCAGCGACUGAUGCCUUACCAUUUGGAAUAUGAUUUUGCUGUAAUACAGGAAAAGACUGCACAUUCUCAGGACUCACUGGACCUCGAAGGCCGCAUGCAACAGUACUGGGGCGUGGCCACAACGGAAUUGUAAAUACCAAAUACAUUUAUUACCCUUGUAAAUAAAACUUCGUUAUAAUUAGCAUAGAAUGUAUCGUUAUUUAUAUACCAUUCAUCUGUCGACUAGAAUUUUUGCACAAAGUAAUAUAAUAUCACUAUUGACUUAUCUAUGUGAGCUAUG